ACUUGUUUGCCAUCCACCAAACUUACGUCACAAAGGCCUUGUGUGUGAUCGUGAUAUUAGCCUAUGCUCCGCCCCAGUAUACCGAGCAGUCGUAAAUAUCCCUUGGGACGUAUCAUUGGAGGAAUUUACACUACUGCAUGAAUUCUUUUUCCCUUCAAUUCAUUCAUGACAGCUGACUCGGUUUCGCGCUCUUUCUCUCACUCAUUUCUUUUCCCGCCUGACUGGAAUUCUCUCGCUGUUCCGUGUCCCGCCUCAUACAAUAAUUUACUCGCUGUUUAUAGAAAUAUAAAGGGAGCCAAGUCAAUGCAAUUGCCAAGCAAGUGUAGACUUUCUCAAAACUAAUCGUGCUUUUAAACACCGUUCCAAUAGCGUGAAAGUUGAUAAUACUUUGUAUCCUAGAAUUACUUAUCAAGAGAAAACGAGCCUCAUUCGGAUAACGAGCCUCAUUCGGAUAACAGCCUCGUUUUCGGCCCACCUCAACGAAACCAUCAUUAUAGUCUAUAGAAAUGGAGCCCCAUCAGUUGACCUUGACCGUUUUCAUUCUAAGUCUCUCCGUUCUGAUGGCUGUGACGUCAACGGGGGCUUUCCCUCAAGAGGUCAGAGGUGACCGUACAGGUCACAUGAUCGACGGUUUCAGUAACGACAUUGACCUAUUACCAUUACAGGAGACAGCUCUUAUACGAUUGCUCUCGAACUUACAGUCCUCCUCCUCAGAGUAUGCAUCGGGGGAAGAUGAGACCUACCCAAUGGUUGCAUCCAAGAGGAGCAGAUCGGGUAGAAAGCUAAGGUUUUGCAUGGAUGUCAUCCGAAACACGUGGCGACUAUGCAGAAACACCAGGAGCAACUGACGGAUCCUUGCCGGCUGACGUCCACAUGACAGUCAUAUUUCCUUCGUUAAACAGACAGGAUGUUUUUGUUUUUGUUUUUUGGUCUUUCAUAUUACUUCGGACAUGGAACACUCCUUGAUCACGUGACCAUCACUUUACUACGUCACAGGCAAGACAAGUCACCACGACGGGAUAAAGCAGACGACAUUUCUCAUGGCGAUAAACAAAUCAUACGACACUCUGCUCAGGCAACAAUAAUUCAUUCCCAAGCGGUUAAGUUCGAACAAUAAUUUGUAAUCCUACCUUAAUACCAUGCAAAUCCUUCAAAACUCUAAUUCUAUCCCUAAAUUCCAGCCCUAAACCCAAUCCUUUGAAGCAAAUGUCGCCAGAUUGUCGGAUCACCGAUAAAUCUACGUUUAUUGAAGUUGUAUGUGAAUGAUCAAUUUGGAACACCGGUAGCCAAUCAGAAUUUGUUAUUUUUGUGCGGUUUCUGCUCAUGUCAGUAUUCUUGAAAAUGAAUUGCACGGUCAAAACUGAAAGGUUGAGUUAGACCCGCCUAACAUCAAACACAAAACACCUUAAAUCUCAAAUGAAAUUUGUAAACGAAAAUCAUGUCAUCAAUAAUCUAAUGUUAUGAUUGGCCUGGUUUUGAUUGAACUCUUCGAUGGCGCUCCAUAAAUCAUUAAAUAAAAAGCAGGUUUACCAAACAGAAAGUCUGUUUUUAAUAGAAUUGGUUUACCACUUUGAAUGUUUAUUUAUUCUUGCUUGCGUGUAGAUUUCGUACAACGGGAGGCCUUUGUCUUGUAGAAAUACAUG